GUCUGUCGCCAUGGCAAGAGGGUCGGCGUUCCUAUCAUGUGCUUACUCACAGGGACCCGUUGUACCCCCACACCCGCCUUCGGCCUCCCACCUGGAAACUAGUUGAUCGAUCUGAAUGCGGGGCGUUUGGAGUCUCACCCGUGGACGGUAAUUGUUCUCGGCCGCUGUUCGCCUCAGGCUCGAGUAUAAUAGCAUCCGUGCUGGCCAACGACAUCAGUUUGAUUUUAGCACAACCAUCUUGCUCUCCUUGCAAUCCCCUCGAAUCUCCAUCCCAUCACAAUUUACCAUGGCGCCUCUUCGCCCAAAAGUCGCCUUCGUCACCGGUGCUAAUGGCAUCACCGGAAAUGCCCUUGUUGAGCACCUGAUCCGUCAGCCAGAAUCAGAAUGGUCAGAGAUCAUCAUAACUUCCAGGCGAAAGCCGACUCAAGUCUUUUGGCAAGACCCUCGGAUACGAUUUCUUGCCUUGGACUUCCUCAAGCCUGUUGAGGAGUUGAAGGCGGCUAUGGAGCCCUUGUGUGGCCACGUCACUCAUGCAUUUUACGCUUCUUACGUGCAUUCUGCAGACUUCGCUCAGCUGCGCACGCACAAUGUUCCACUGUUCGAGCAUUUCCUCGUUGCUAUCGACAGUGUGGCCGGUGACUCUCUUGAAAGGGUCGUGAUCCAUACCGGGGGCAAGCACAACGGCGUCCACCUCGGCCCCGUAGAGGCCCCCAUCCACGAAGGCAUGCCAAGAUAUCAGGACCAUGGAGAGAACUUCUACUACACACAAGAGGACUUCCUGUUCAACCUAGCCAAGAACCGAAAGUGGGACUGGAACGUCAUCCGUCCGAACGCCAUCAUUGGGUUCACACCGGCCGGCAAUGGCAUGUCAGCCGCGCUGACACUCGCCAUCUAUAUACUCUGCUGCCGUGAAGCUGGUCAGAUCCCUGUGUUCCCAGGCAACAAGUACUUCUGGAACGCGGUGGACGAUAGCUCCUACGCCCCAAGCAUUGCUGAUAUGAGCGUCUGGGCGGCAACACACGAACACACCAAGAACGAGUCCUUCGUCCACCAAAAUGGCGACGUGAUGAUUUGGAAGCACUUUUGGCCCAAGCUUACCAAAUACUACGGUAUUGACCUACCCGAAGACGCAUUCGCCGGCAAGGGCGAGGGCGACAGUGAGCACAUGACCCACGCCUUCCUUAUGGAGGACUGGGCCAGGGGCAACAAGGACGUCUGGCAGCAGGUGGUGGCCAAGUACGGAGGACACAAGGACGCCUUCAACUGGGGCACGUGGGACUUCUUCGACUGGGCCCUGGGCAAGGGCUGGUGCACCAUCGGCACAGUCUCAAAGGCGCGCAAGUACGGCUGGACGCGUUAUGAUGACAGCUAUGACGUGUGGAUCAAGACCUUCCGCUCGUUCGAGAACGCCGGCAUCCUGCCGAUCAUGAGGCCGCCGCCGGCACUGCAUGUCGACUCGUUGCCCCUCCUGCCCAACCCGGCCGAUGUUGUCAAUGAGAGGGCGGCCAAGAGGGCUCGGUUGAUAAGUGCGCCGAUCGAGAAGAAUCUCAAGGCGGACGUUACACAUGUUGAGACGGCGAGCGGGCAUCCUCCCUUAAACGGUGUCACGGCGAUAUAG